ACCUCACGAAGAACGUGCGAGUCUGUCACCCGCAGCCAGCAAAACUAGCCUGCUUACUCCCUCUUGAGCUCUCUCGAACUUUCCAGGCCGCCCUCCGUCAAUAAGUUUGCCUUCCCUCGGUGAAGAGGUCCCUCGCGUGUGUGGUAGUUGAAGUGCUUAGUUCCCCUCAGUGAAGUCCUCCCUCGCGACGUUGCGUGUUCGGUUACACAAGUGAAAUUCGAUUCAAUUACCUUUGCAUUUUGGUCGAAGAGCUCGAUGGAUGUUGAGCCAAGACGAAUAAGAUUGUUGUCCAAUAGAUAUACUACCAACACACUUUUGGAUACUGCUGCUACCAUACAGAUUACAAGAUAGUAACCACUUAGUAAUCAAAGAGAAGGUAGGAGCAGAAGAUGCAUUAGCAAAUGGUUUUCCCUCUUUAGAGCCAAGAUCAAAAUUUGUUCUGUGCUACUUUCAAUCUAGUAUAUGAAACCCAUUGCAACUGAACUUGGAAUAUGAUGUGGACCUGAGAAGAAACCAAGCUAAGAGUUUUUUAUCCUACAAGGAGUUCGUUUUUCUUUUCGUUUUCAUUAGGUUGUGUGUAUUUGGGAUCCAAGAUCUAGAUCAAAGACUUUGAAGCUAAAUGGGCAUAUAGAUAACAUCACGGCCUUAUUUCUGGAUUCUACUAGCAAGUUUGUUAAUUGGACACCGUGGACCCAAUCAUUGCUGUGCAGAAGAGAAAAGCAAUGAGCCAAUGAAUGAAGUGAAGUGGUCCUUCGGCAAAUGAACGAGUUUGAAUCUACAACAAAGCCUAUAAAUGGAUUUGAUGAUCAAUAGGGAACAAUAGCAAAUCAGUGAAGAGGAUAUGAGAGAGGAGUCACUUGGACUGAUUAUUGGGGUUUCCAUAGGUGUGGUUAUUGGACUAGUUUUGGCAAUUUUUGCGUUCUUCUGCCACAGGUACCAUCGAAAGCGAUCACAGAUAGGCAAUAGCAGUUCUAGAAGGGCUGCUACCAUACCUAUCCGCACAAAUGGUGCUGAUUCUUGUACCAUUCUAUCAGACUCAACCUUAGGUCCAGAAUCACCGAUAAAGUCAGGAAGAAAUGGUAUGCCCUUCUGGCUUGAUGGGUUUAAGAAGAGUAGUAGCAUGAUCCCAGCGUCUGGACUACCUGAAUAUGCAUACAAGGAUUUGCAGAAGGCAACACAUAAUUUCACCACGGUCAUAGGACAAGGUGCAUUUGGUCCUGUUUAUAAAGCUCAGAUGUCUACUGGUGAGACUGUUGCAGUUAAAGUUCUUGCAAUGAAUUCUAAGCAAGGGGAGAAAGAAUUUCACACAGAGGUCAUGUUGUUGGGAAGGUUACACCAUAGGAAUCUGGUGAAUUUGGUUGGAUAUUGUGCUGAAAAGGGGCAACGUAUGCUUGUAUAUGUAUACAUGAGUAACGGUAGCUUGGCAUCCCACUUGUAUAGUGAUGUGAAUGAAGCACUGUGCUGGGAUUUGAGGGUUCACAUAGCUUUAGAUGUGGCACGAGGCUUGGAAUAUCUUCAUAAUGGGGCAGUUCCUCCUGUAAUCCAUCGAGAUAUCAAAUCUUCCAACAUUCUGUUGGAUCAAUCCAUGCUAGCCAGGGUUGCUGAUUUUGGACUUUCAAGAGAAGAGAUGGCGAAUAAGCAUGCAGCUAUUCGGGGUACCUUUGGCUAUCUUGACCCCGAGUAUAUAUCUUCAGGAACAUUCACCAAGAAAAGUGAUGUAUACAGUUUUGGGGUGUUGCUCUUUGAAAUUAUGGCUGGCAGGAAUCCUCAGCAGGGUCUUAUGGAAUACGUAGAGCUUGCAGCAAUGAACACUGAGGGAAAAGUUGGGUGGGAAGAAAUUGUGGAUUCUCACCUCCAAGGAAACUUUGAUGUCAAGGAACUCAAUAAAGUGGCAGCACUUGCCUACAAAUGCAUCAACCGUGCCCCAAGUAACCGUCCUUCUAUGAGGGACAUAGUGCAAGUGUUAACAAGGAUCCUUAAAUCAAGGCACCAUGGGAGUCAUCACAAAAAUUCCUUGUCAGCCACAGAUGAACUUUUCAUUGAUACUGAUCAGCUAGAGACCAAGAUUUCUGUUACUGACCACAGGAGAGAAGAGUCUAUGGAUAGUGUAGCAGAGGUGUAUGAAGUGUAGAAUAUGGUUUUACCAUAACCUCAUUUAUUUUUGUUACAUUUUAUUUUUCGAUAUUGCCUUUGGAUGUACAUGAUUGUAGAUUUGGUUUGUAUAUACUGCUUUGUAAAAUGUUCCAUCCAAUUUUGUGAUCUUUCCUCAGUUAUAUUGUCUUGCUGAAAUGAUACUCUAAAAAUUGUAUUAUUUUUUGUCUUGUUACGGGUAUCUUUCAAUCAAGUAAGUCAAAAAUUAAUUUUA